AUCUUUCUGUUAACUGUCUUGGAGAAAUAUGAUUUAAUCAAGGCUGAACUCCAGAUAGGUGAUGAGUGAUUCAUCCAAGAGCAAGCACUGAGUGCUGAUAAAACAAAUUAGGAGAAAUGUGUGCCUAGAGGUAAGAAGGGAAAGAAAUCUUCCCAGUCACUACAAAGAGAGAGUCAAAGAAAGAUGUGGGAGAAGCCUUAGUUUUCACACAGUGCGCUUUUACCAUAGACCCAGACUUCUGUGUGUUGGCACAUUUAAAAGGACUGAUAAUGUUACUCUCUUAUGCCAAUCAGAUCACUCAUGUGGGAAUUCCCCUGCUUACAUUGUCAAGGCUGAGAAGUGAAGUGGAAAUGAAACAGCAGCAUGAGAGGAAGCUGGGCAGAGAAUGAUCAGCAAGAGAGACACAAAACACAACACAGGUUAACUGGCAUGCAGGCACUGAGCUGCAAGUGGCAUUUCUGGGAAUCUUUUCGGCACAGAGGCAUUAUAAUGACUACGCCCACCUGGCAAAUGUUGGCCAUCUACAUAGUCUUAGCUGCAAACCUCUCUGAACAGCAAGCACUGAAGCAGGCUUGUCCUUCAUGUUAUGCCAGUCAGCUUUGCAACUGUUCCUCCAUGGGCUUUGACUUCAUUCCCCCUGGGCUCACAGCCAAGAUCACAGUGUUAAACCUGGCCCACAACGGGAUAAAGCGCAUCCAAUCCCAGGACCUGCAGCAGGCUGUGAACCUGAGAGUUCUGCUGCUGCAGUCCAACAAAAUCAGCUCCAUAGAUGAGGACUCAUUUCAGUCCCUGGCAAAACUGGAACUCUUGGACUUAUCAAAUAACAGCUUGGCUCACUUGUCCCCUCUUUGGUUUGGGCACCUUUUUUCACUCCAGCACCUCCAUCUUCAAGGCAAUUCCUACAGAGACCUGGGGCAGAGCUCCCCCUUUUCUAGCCUGAGGAACCUGAGCUCUCUCCACCUGGGCAACCCGUGGUUCUCUGUGAUAAGGCAAGGGAACUUUGAGGGCAUUGAGCACCUGCACAAGUUGUGGAUUGAUGGCAGCAAUCUCGGUCAGUAUGAGCAGGGAAGCUUGAAAUCAAUUAAGGAGAUUAAUCACAUGAUCAUAAACAUGAGAAAUAUUAAGGUAUUCUCAGAAAUUGUUAGAGACCUUCUGCACUCUGUCUCAUGGUUGGAAGUGAGAAGAAUAGCAUUCAGUAGCACUGCAGAAAUGCAAGUAUUGAGAGUCAUGUCUUCAUCUUCUGCAAAGAAAAUUUCUUUGAGAAAGACCUUACUAACAGAUGCUACCGUGCCUGAGAUUGCCAGCAUCUUAGAAGACAUGCCAAAAUUAGUGGAGCUAGAGCUGGUAGAUUGUAGACUCUUGGGAACUGGACAAUGGAAAAUGCAAAUUCAAGCAAAGCAAUCAAAGACACUUAGAGUUUUCACAAUAAAGAAAUUAUCUAUAGAAGAAUUUUACUUGUUUACAGACCUUCAGGCUGUGGAAGGUCUAUUAUCUCUUUUUACGAGAGUCACAGUUCAAAACACCAAGGUUUUUUUGGUACCAUGCAGAAUUUCCCAAAAUCUUCAGUCAUUAGAAUAUCUUGACCUUAGAGCAAAUUUGCUCGGAGACCUGAGUUUAGAACAUUCAGCCUGUCAGGGUAGUUGGCCAUCGCUACAAACUCUAAAUUUAAGUCAGAAUUUACUGAGUGACUUAGGAAUGACAAGUAGAAGUUUGUCUCAUCUAGGAAAACUAAUUGUUUUAGACAUUAGCCAAAAUAAUUUUGGUGAGAUUCCCGAUGUGUGUGAAUGGCCAGAAAAUCUGAAAUAUUUAAACCUGUCUAGCACUCAAAUUCCUAAAGUAACCACCUGCAUUCCUCCAACGCUGGAGGUUUUGGAUGUUAGUGCAAACAACCUGAAGGAGUUUGGACUGGAGCUCCCAUUUCUGAAAGAGCUGUACCUCACAAGAAACCAGCUGAAGACCCUGCCAGGUGCCGCACCCAUUCCAAACUUAGUGGCCUUGUCUGUCCGAAGAAACAAGCUGAACAGUUUCUCCAAGGAGGCGUUUGAGUCCUUCAGGAGAAUGGAGCUUCUGGAUGCUAGUGAAAACAACUUCAUCUGCUCUUGUGAGUUCCUCUCCUUCAUCCAUCACGAGGCCAGGCUAGCCCGGGUGCUGGUGGGGUGGCCGGACGAGUAUGUAUGUGACUCUCCACUGGCAGUGAGAGGGGCGCAGGUUGGCACUGUGCACCUCUCUGUGACGGAGUGCCACAGGUCCCUGGUGGUGUCAUUGAUCUGUGUCCUGGUGUUCCUGCUCAUCUUGCUGCUGGUGGCCGUCGGCUACAAGUACCACAUGGUCUGGUACCUGCGGAUGACGUGGGCAUGGCUGCAAGCCAAACGGAAGCCCAAGCGAGCCCCACCAAAGGACAUCUGCUACGACGCUUUUGUCUCCUACAGCGAGAACGACUCUGACUGGGUGGAGAACACUAUGGUGCGGGAGCUGGAGCAGGCCUGCCCUCCCUUCCGACUCUGCCUGCACAAGCGGGACUUUGUGCCUGGGAAGUGGAUUGUGGACAACAUCAUUGAUUCCAUUGAGAAGAGCCACAAAACACUCUUUGUGCUGUCUGAGCACUUUGUGCGGAGUGAGUGGUGCAAAUACGAGCUGGACUUCUCACAUUUCCGCCUCUUUGAUGAGAACAACGAUGUAGCAAUUCUCGUCCUCCUGGAGCCUAUCCAGAGCAAUGCGAUUCCCAAGAGGUUCUGCAAGCUGCGGAAGAUCAUGAACACAAAGACCUACCUGGAGUGGCCUGCUGGUGAAGAGGAACAGCUGAUGUUUUGGGAAAACUUGAAAAUAGUCCUAAGAUCCUAGACAGGGACAUUAAGGAAUAAAUAUGUAGUGAAUCUUCUCUGGAUUUUUUUCACUUGCCUUUUUUUCCCAUCACUUAUCUGCAUCUCAAUAACAAAGAGCUGGGCUACUACAAAUUUUAACACUUGGUAUGAGAUAAUCGCUUUUUGUACUAUUGUUCUGAGUAGUUGUACAUCUUUGGGCUGCAAUAGAGUUAAUUUUCUUCAUAGCUCCUUCUUUGGUAUUGUGGUUUUUAUUUGUGCCCAAAACAGUCUCUAUAGCACAGGGGCUUUUUAGUUAUUGCUCAACAGUGCUAGCUCAGCAUCAAGGUAUUUUCUGUUUCUCCUGGUGUCUUGCCAGCGAGCAGGCAGGGGUUGCAUCAUAAUUUGAGAGGGGACAGCUAGGACAGCUGAUUGCAUCUGACCAAAAAGAUGUCCCACACAUAAUGUCAUGAACCAUGAAAACAUAAUCAGCACUAAAACUGCACUAAAGGGAAAGAAAGAGCAAAGGAAGAUUUUACCAUAUUUGCUUUCCCAAGUUAAAUUUCUGCGUCAUGGAGUCUGGCUUUCACAGCAAUGGCUAAACAUUUGCCUGUUGGUGGGAAGCAGUGAAUUAAUUCCUUCUUUUGCUUUGCUUGUGAGCAUAUCUUUUACUUUAUCUGUUCAACUGCCUUAAUCUGAACUCCCAAGUUUUCUCACUUUUAUCCUUCAGAUUUUCUCCCUUGUUUCACUGCGGGGCAGUGAGAGAGUGGAUGUGUGGUGCUGAGCUGCUUUCUGAGGCUAAACAACAAUAGUUAUCUACACAUGUUAACCAGUAGUAUGAACAAAAGCUGUUUCAUUUAAAUAUUUAAUGAUGAAAAGUUAUUUAGAUAUACAGCUAUGUAUGUUUAUAUGUCUUCAUCUUUGCAAAAGUUUCAGGAGAGAACUUGUCUAGCCAAGGGUUUUUCUGCAUUCUUUGUACAAACCACUUGUCAUCAAAUACUAUAAAAGUCAGUUUAUGCAGAAAAUAAUUUUGUCCUAGCUCUCCUAGUCAGUGAAUCUCAGGACUGAUUCUCUGUAUUUCAUUGUCAUAGAAAGCCCAGAUCUCCUGAAAAUUGUGGCUGCAAGACUUAAUGUACAAAUAUGCUUUCUCACUGCAGCUCUGUCUGUUGUAGCUUUUAGGCUCUAUAAUUUCCUUUAUUAAAUUAUCUUAUUAUUAUCUAUGGAGGAUGAUUUCUGUCUUAUUUCAUUGUACUGUAUGUGGCAAUAGAUGCUUCAGAGUAGAGUUCAAAUACUCUUCUGACUUGCAUAAGUGGAGUUUAAGCUGCUUUCAGCUACAGUGUGGGAAACACAUAUAUAUAGUUCUUGAAUCUAAUGCCAGCUGCCUCUCUUUUUUUUUCAGCAGCCUAAACAUAGGCGUGAAAAGAGUGUUUCCUACCUUUUGCUCUCAAAUAUAGCCCUCAAAACCAGUGUGGGUGGAGAACAUCCCACAUAGGACAUUGUGUUUGCUGUCAGGUUGGAUCGUGUUUUCCUGAGAAGGUUACUGGGUGUCUUUGUUUGAAAGCCAAGUGUCUGCUAGGGAAGGCAGGACCCUCCCUUGGAUUGGAGAAUGCAAACCCCCUCCCUCCAAAUUAUCUUAAUUUUGAAAUUAAGGGGCUCUCAGGCAAAGAUAUGAGGAUAGGAAUAACAGUUCUUUACUAGUAUGUAUAACAAGGCGAACAAAACCACCAACAGCUAUGGCAUUAAUUACAAACAGAACCAGGGACCCCAUGACAGCUUUUCGGCCGAGAUGAGAAAGGAGGAAGGAGAGGCUUUGCCUCACAAAGCCCUGGGACAGUGGAUCCCGGUGCCCCUGCUCUGAAGAGCACUAAGCUGGAACGGCAGGAAUGAGCAAAAGAUCCCGGGCUGGUGGAUGAGGUGCAUCAGAAACUUUGUGGCAGUAGCUGGAACUGCU